AUGGUCAAAGAAAAGAUAACUGGUGAUACACUGUCUACUUCAAGCGUCCAAGAACUUCAAAAGAGUGGUUUCUCAUUGGGCACUGCAAAGAAAUUGAUUGCUCUUGUCUCCCAACCAACUUUAUCACCAGGUAUUCAGUCUCCUUGCAGCUCAACAAGUUGGCGCAAUCUGCUCGGAAUCAUGGUUGCUAUCUCGCCCAAGGUCCUUUCAGAAGUGGCAAGACUAGUCAUCUCAAAGCUCUUCUCUCAGUCAUACAAGCCGAUUACUGCGUCAUUCCGUCAAUAUUCGUGUAGGAUGACAAUGAACGAGACUGCCUCCUCAGACAUGUGGUCAUGGAUGACAACACAGAUCAGAUAUACAUGCAAGGAUAUACCGGAUAUCAAGAAUGCCGAUGGAUUUCACAAUCUCUUCACAUUUGCCAAUGGCGCUCACUUUGGAAACAAAUCCGUUGUAUUGCUGAUUGACGAGUUCCAGAUGAUAGAGACCUGCGUACAUAGGAAAGAUUUCCUUAUCACUCUGAAGGCAAUCAUGGACGACAUCACCAUGACUCACAAUCUCUGGAGCGUCAUUGGAUUUGGCACAUCUCAGUUGGUCACUCUUGCUCAAUCCGAUGAAUUCAAGAAGAAGUUCAAGGACACUUUCAGCCCGUUUCCUCUCAACAAUGUCAUCUACAUUGAACCACUUCCCCGACACGAGGUCUCAUUGCUUCUCCAGAGAUGGGCAAGCGACAGGAGUGUCAAAAUCGAAGCCAAAACGGUUGAGGAGAUCUACAAUACCACUGGAGGAUAUGCAGGCCUUUUGGGAAUCAUUGGAAUCAUCUUGGACAAUAGUUUCCCCACGAUCAUUGCCAAACAUUCAGGGCUAAUCGACUCCAAGGUGUGGCUUUGGCUGAGGACCAUGGCAACCAAUCUAUUUCUCGAGCAAGAUCAGUUCAAACGGUUGACCGAGUUGGUCCUCAGCGACAAGUCUCUUUCUCGGCUCAUUCCAAUAAUUGUUGGAAGUGGCGAGCCGUUUAUUUUCAAAGGUGAGGACUAUGUGAGCGCCCUCACUCUGUGUGCUUUUGGAGUUCUGUGGCCAGAAGAGAAGCACACCUUCAAUCUAUGUUCACCUCUGAUGCGACAGUUGCUGCUCUCUGAGCUGUAUCGACCUAUUGACCAGUUUACAUUGCCAAAGGAUUGGCCAGAGGACAUUCAAUCACUUCUUGAGGCAGUGUUUCAACGAUUCGACUUCUCCUUGUUCCUCGUCAAUGAGUCGUUAAACUUCACAACAAACUAUCCAUCAGAGUACAACUUCCAAGCAGAGUUCUUUGCCGUCCUACAGCGCGGCCUCCAACUUUAUAACUUCACAAACAAGACUUUCUAUGUUGCCUCGACCGAGCCAAAAGCACCUGGAAUGGGCCGAUCGCGUGGAGACAUACUCGUUCAGAAUGGGAAGAGAAUAUUGUUCGAGCUCAAGUCACACCAAACCUGGAAAGAUUACAAAGAUCUUGAGAGUGCGAUGUUGCAGGUACUAGAGUAUUCUUACUACUUGGAUUCCAAACAGAUUGUCAUUUUGAACUUGGUCCCAGUGGCAACACAAAUCUCCAACAUUAAGAUAGACUUUACAAACCUCCAAGGAAGAUCGUUGACAGUGUUUGAAGCCGUUUGGAAUGGAGGAAAAGUGGUCCUCAACACCCCAAAGCGCACCACCCAUUCCUCUUUGAUCACUGCUCUCCAACUCGAGCUGGCCAUCCAGAAAGCCAGCAAUGAAGAUGCUAAGCAGUCAUAG